AUGGAAGCGAUAGGGUUGCCGGCAUGGAACAGCGCCGAAAACAACGAAUAUGCAUUGAUCACAGGCGCGAAUAGUGGCUUCGGAUAUUCUCUCGCUGCACGUCUUGUAGAUGAAUUCCUCUCCACAAGUAUCUCGUCACCUGGAAAACACCUGACACUCAUCCUCUGUACGCGCUCGCAAUUCAAAACCCAAGCAACCAUCUCUCGUCUCCGGCUACAUAUCCUAAAGCUUACCCAAUACCCUCAGGCUCCCAGACAGUUCGAGUCCCAAGCCAAGGUAGCCGGAGAAAAUUCACGAUGGCAAGACCCUGCUCAACGUAUACACCUCUUGGGCGUUGAAGCCGAUCUUUGCAAUCUUAAAAGUAUUUAUGCUCUAGCAGAUAGACUCGUGAAUGGUACUUUAUUUCCCGAUUCUAGGGACGAACAGCUUAGCUACGGGUUCACCGAGAUUGACGCAUCACGAGCUCAAUGUCAUACGAAGAAAAAUGAGGAACAGCGAAUGGAGGGAGGUAACCAAAGCAUCCGAAUACCAAGGAUAGAUAUACUCUUCUUAACAGCCGGAAUUGGUGGAUGGAGUGGAAUUAAUUGGAUUUCCGCCAUGAAAGAUAUGUGUCUCGAUGUCGUUGAGGCCGUAACCUGGCCCAAAUACAAAAUAGCUAAAGUUGGAGCACUCGCGAGACCACAACUUGAGUCUACGAAGAGAAAAGGGCUUGACGACGGUGCAAGGCUACCUCAGCCCAUGCAGGCAUCACUCGAGGAACCAGCUUUGGGAGAAGUGUUUUGUGCAAACGUAUUUGGUCACUAUAUACUCGCUCACGAAUUGAUGCCCCUACUUUCUCGACCAGCAACGGCCUCAUGUAAAAGCAGCUCCAAGAUUAUCUGGAUUUCGAGUAUACAGGCAUCAGACGAAGAUUUUUCCAUAGAUGACUUGCAAGCAGUUCGCUCGGCCACACCUUACGAGAGCUCAAAGCGGCUAAUAGAUCUUCUUGUCUUAACUAGCGAACUCCCAUCAGUUCAUCCGCUAGUUACAUCUUUUUUUGACAGCGCUAACACCGUGACCCGUAGAUCUAAUACUGAGCGACCAGGAGCGGAGGAGGAUGUGGUAAUAAUCCGUCCUAAAAACUACCUUGCCCAUCCUGGCGUAUUCGCUUCCGAUAUCAUGCCGCUCAAUUUCCUGCUGGUCCUCUUCGGGAAAUUUGUUCUUUAUCUAGUCAGAUGGCUCGGUAGCCCAUGGCACACAAUUCAACCAUACAAAGCUGCAGUAGCGCCCGUCUGGCUUGCGACGACGUGCGCCGAAGCAUUAGAUCAACUAGAAGAAGGCGGGCUUUGCAAGGUCAAGUGGGGGUCUGCCACUGAUACUUGUGGUCGCGAGAGGCCCAAGCAAACAGAGGUGUCUGGCUGGGGAUGGGAUGGUCGCGUGGGGGCCCUUCCAGAUGCCGAGCAAUUACGCGGCAGACAGCGGGGUGCUACAUAUCUCUGUCGAGAGCAGAAAGAAUCCUUUGAGAACUUAGGUCGGCAGUGCUGGCUUAAUAUGGAAGGCUUAAGACGGGAAUGGGAAAGUGUCUUGGGGCUCUACUCGCCGACGUAA